AUGGCCUCCCUUGAUGAAAGAGUUCCCUGGCAGGGAAAAGCUGCUAAGAAGCGACAAGAAUGUGCCAGCAAACUUCCACAAGAAUGGAAAGUCUCAGAACAGUUCCUGGCGGGUUUACAAGCACCACUAUCCGAACACAAAAACGACCUUAUUCGAACUGAAGCAAUUCGCAAAUCAGGGAUUCUAACCGACCGGGAACUAAGAAUCACUGAAGAUUAUACGGUUACCAGCCUGAUUUCUGCAUUGGCAGACGGAACCCUGACAUCAGCAGAGGUGACGCUGGCUUACUGCAAACGUGCUGCAUUGGCUCAACAGUUGGUGUCUUGCCUGACAGAAACUAUGUUCCCAGAAGCACAGGAACGCGCCGAGUAUCUGGACAACCUCCGGGCUCAAGGUAAGCUUGCAGGUCCACUUCAUGGACUUCCCGUCAGUAUCAAGGAUAAUUUCCAUUAUAAGGGGACGGAAUCAACCAUUGGAAUGAUAUCUUUCCUGGAUGAGAAGUCAUCCGCCAACUCACCUCUUGUGGAUAUCCUGCUUGGGUUAGGGGCAGUCCUUUAUGUGAAGACAAACAUACCCCAGACAAUGAUGACUACCGACUCCCAUAACAAUGUUUUUGACCGAACCCUCAACCCCUGGAACACCACCUUGGGACCUGGUGGCUCCAGCGGCGGUGAAGGUGCCUUGAUUGCUCUUCGGGGAUCUCCACUUGGCGUGGGAACUGAUAUUGGAGGUUCUGUCCGGAUUCCUGCGCAUUGCUGUGGACUUUAUGGAUUCAGACCCAGCGCUGCACGAGUGCCAAAUGGUGGGAUGCGGGUCUGCACCACUAGCGGCAUGAAAUUCAUCCUUUCCUGUGCUGGUCCACUUUCGUCAGAUCUCGAUGGAAUCGAAGUUUUUUUCAGGUCUGUAUUCGACGCUCAACCCGCCCGCUAUGACUCCACUAUCGUCGAUAUCCCGUGGAGACAAGUCCCCAUCAAACCGACUCUGAGGAUUGGAGUUGUCCCCGAGUCUUCGAUCUUCCCUCUUCACCCGCCUAUUCGAAGAGUACUAGCCGAGGCUGUUCAUUUGUUGGAAGCGCAGGGCCACCACAUCAUUCAUCUCGAUGAAAAGGACUGCCGUGUAAUGGAAGCGAAUGAGAUUGCCUGGAAUUUCUUCACUCUGGACCAAGCUUCCAAGAAGCAUCUUGAAUCAGCUGGAGAACCCCCAGUCCCUGCGAUGUUCUACAUGUUGAAACAGGGUGAGAAACUCAGACAGUUUUAUAAACCUUCACUACCAGACAUGACCACUCUUGAUCGGUUGGACAAAGUGGCAUUACUCAACACUCGCCGAGCAGAACUCCGUGAGGUGUACCGAAAGCUGUGGCUGCAAUAUAAUCUUGACAUCUGCAUUGCACCCCCCGCUCAAACGACGGCAGUGCCACAUGACAUGUUUGGUGUGGCGCCUUAUACCACUCUCACGAACCUUUUGGAUUAUCCAUCCUGUAUCCUACCAUUUGGGCAUGUGGGCGAGCUGGAUGCGAAGGAGAGCUUUGGACUGAAUGAUAAUCAGCUUGGGGCUGAAUACAACUUUGAGCAACUCGAAGGGGCGCCAUGCUCUAUUCAACUCUUUACCACGACCAUGCGUGACGAAGAGUGCUUGCAUAUUGCUAAGCAGGUUGACCAGUGUCUCAAGAGCAAAAAGUAG